AUGCCCCAGACUCUCAGCCCAUCCGCCUCGGUCUCCCCGGGCAGCUGCGGCCCGUCCCCCACCGAGCCCACGGGGGGCCCGCAGGCCGGCCAGCCCCUCCUGGAGGGCGCCCCCUCCUCGGCCUCCCUGGACACGCUGAUCCAGCACCUGGUGCCCACGGCCGACUACUGCCCCGAGAAAACCUUCAUCUUCAGCUUCCUGCUCAGUUCCCGCCUCUUCAUCGAGCCUCGGGAGCUCGUGGCCCGGGUGUGCCGGCUGUGCGUGGAGCAGCAGCAGCUGAACGCACCAGCGCUGGACAAGGCCCGAGUCCGGAAGUUUGGCCCCAAACUGCUCCAGUUGUUGGCCGAGUGGACAGAGACCUUCCCGUGGGACUUCCAGGAGGAGGCGACCAUCGGGCACGUGAAGGACGUGCUGGGCCGCGUCGCUGCGUGUGACGAGGCCUACCGGAAGAGGAUGCACCAGCUCCUGCAGGCUCUGCACCAGAAGCUGGUGGCUCCGGGCCGGCGGCCAGAAGGCCUGGUGGGCACCGACACACCUGUGUCCUCCAGGCCCAAGCCACUCGCCGCCGUCCACAGGGAGCUCCUGAGCCUCUGCAGUGACCCCUACACGCUCGCCCAGCAGCUGACCUGCGUGGAGCUGGAGCAGCUGCGGCACAUCGGGCCCGAGGAGUUCGUCCAGGCGUUUGUGAACAAGGACCCCCUGGCGGGCGCACAGCCCCGUUUCAGUGACAAGACCCACAACCUCGAGGCCUACGUGAAAUGGUUCAAUCGACUGUGCUACCUCGUGGCAACGGAGAUCUGCGUGCCAAGCAAGAAGCAGCGGAGAGCCCAGGUCAUCGAGUUCUCCAUCGACGUGGCCCGCGAGCGCUUCAGCAUCGGCAACUUCAGCUCCCUGAUGGCCGUCGUGUCCGGCAUGAACAUGAGCCCCGUCUCCAGGCUGAAGAGGACCUGGGCCAGAGUAAAGACGGCCAAGUUUUUCAUCCUUGAGCACCAGAUGGACCCAACAGGAAACUUCUGCAACUACCGGACGGCCCUGCGCGGGGCAGCCCACUGGUCCCUGACUGCCCGCAGCAGCCAGGAGAAGGUCGUUGUGCCCUUCUUCAGCCUGUUCAUCAAGGACACCCACUUCCCGAGCGAGGGCUGUGCCAGCCGCCUCCCCAACGGGCACGUCACCCUCAGGAAGCCCCCCUUGCCCUCCCAGUUAGGAGGAGGCCGUCCGUCGGGGUUGCCCAGUGCAGUGGCUGGGCGCCCCCAUUCACGGCCUCCCUGUGGCCCUCAGGAGCAACGCUGGGCUGACUGCACCCUGUACCCCGUCACCCCACAGGCGCACGUGUCUCGGAGUGGCCCUGCCGAGGGAGGGCUGCUGAGCCUCAGUCUCUCCCUCUGUAAAAUGGGCUUCGAUUCUGGCCUCCGCCGGGGGCUGGGAGGACCGGACCACGCACCUGAGGCCUCUGGCCCUGAGAUGCUCCCGCUGGAGGGGCCUGUGCCAACGCCCCACCAGACCCCCACAUGCUGCCUGCUGACCCCUGGGACAGUCCGGGCUCCAGGCACGGGCUCGGGCGAGACUGCAGAGCUCCAAGGGGCCUGGGGUCCUUGCUCCGGUGCCCGUGACACCAGCCAGGCGUGGGAGGGAGGGGACAAGACUGCAGAACGCGGGGAGCAGGGCGGCGGGGCCAGGCAACUGGAGGAGCCCCCAGUCUGGGGAAGUAUGUGGCCCUUGCUGGCCCAGAACCCCGUGAAGUGGGAUUUUAGGGUAUCUGUAAGGGGACUUCAGAGCCUGCUCCCUCGGAAAUUUCUGGAGCUGGCCAAGCAGGUUGGAGAGUUCAUCAGCUGGAAACAAGUGGAGUGUCCCUUUGACCAAGACCCCAGCGUCACCCAAUACCUGCUCACUGCCCCCAUGUUCAGCGAGGACGGUCUUUAUCUGGCUUCUUAUGAAAGGGAAAGCCCAGAGAACCAAACAGAAAAAGAGAGAUGGAAAUCGCUAAGAGGUUCUAUUUUGGGGAAGACAUGAGAAGCACUGAGCUGGAGGAGGAGGGAGAGCUGGAGUCAGAAGCAGCCUCUGCAGCCCUGCCAUGGAUGGCCUCCGGGGAUGUGGGGGGACACGAGGAGGCACAGGCAGAGCCUCACUACUUUCAAGCAUGAGCCAGGG